AGGACAAAAAUUCCCUGUCCCCCGUGCCCGUCUCCUUCCUCGAUCUCUUCUCCCCCCUCGCCUCCGAUCCACUCCUUCCCUCUCACGCCCGCCGCCGCCGCCGAAGACGACGCCGCGAGCUAGGCGGUGAGGUUCGAUUCUGGGGUUGGGGCGGAGGCGACGACUUCGGUUGCCGGUCUUCGCUGCAACUGCUCCGUCCCUCAGUCUCGCCGCUCUGCCGCUCCUCCCUCUCCACCGCCCCGCUUCCUCCCGUUGGUCGGAUCUGGAUUCGGCGGCCAGCUAGGACCCCUCCUUUCCCGGCCUCCCGGCGGCGGCACCACCUCCACGGUCGGCAAGAGCAAGGGCGACUCCCGGAAAUCCCAAUAAGUGUACUGUUGCCAUCAAUUUAAGUGAGGAAUUGCCUGUAUUCAAGCACUUAAUUGCUCCUGAUCUUCCAUGGUACAAUCAUCCGCCGAGAAAAUGCCAUCAGUUUAUCUUUACAUCCCUAAUAUCAUUGGGUAUUUCAGGAUCAUCAUAAAUUUCGUUGCAUUUGCUGUUUGCUAUUCCAACAGGGCGCUCUUUGCUGUCCUGUAUUUUUUCAGCUUUGUCCUUGAUGGCGUGGAUGGUUGGUUUGCACGGAAGUUUAAGCAAGCAUCAACAUUUGGAGCUGUGUUGGACAUGGUUACAGAUAGGGUUAGUACUGCUUGUUUGUUGGCCCUUCUCUCACAGUUUUACAGACCUGGCUUAGUUUUCUUGAUGUUGCUUGGAUUGGAUAUUACGAGCCACUGGUUUCAAAUGUACAGUUCUUUCUUGUCAGGUAAGACUAGCCACAAGGAUGUAAAGCACACAGGCAAUUGGCUUCUGAAAUUAUAUUACGGGUAUAGGCCAUUCAUGGCCUUCUGUUGUGUUUCUUGUGAGGUUCUAUAUAUUAUCCUCUUCCUCUUUGCUGAUGAGAAGACUACAAGUUUGCUUAGUGUAUGCAGAGGUGUCCUGAACCAAAGUCCCCUCAUUGCCUUUUUGUUUAUCUCAACUCUAGUUGGCUGGGCAGUGAAACAAGUUACCAACAUCAUCCAGAUGAAAACAGCUGCAGACGCAUGUGUUGCUUUUGAUCUGAAGCGUGGCAAGUGAAGCAGGAAGGCACCGGUUUCAUUCAGUUUUGUAUUGACUUAUCCAAGGAAACACUCCGUGAGGCUUGUACACCAAGGUUCAUACAUAGUGGCUACUUCUUAUGUGCCUUAGCAUCUUCUUGAUGACACUGAUCUGUGGGACGAGACGACAACAUGCUGUGGGAAGAACAGCAUAAAGAGAACAGGAGAAAGUGCAGAUUCUCAGGUUGUUCGUGAGUGUGUCUUCUGUUAUACAAUGGUAUCAUGAUCUUUGUUAUCUAGAGUAGCCUUUUGAGUUGAUCUGAACAAUGUUUACAAGCCACAUGUUUCAAAAUCACUACUUCGCUCAGGAAUACACGCAGUCUUGGAAUUGCGAAACUUGCAUAUA